AUGAAAAUUAAUAAUCUGAAAUUUAUAUUUUAUAAAAAAAUUGACUACAUUUCUAAAACUAAACAAAAGAGAUCUUUCUUAAAAUUUUCAAAUAAUUAUAAUAAAAAUAAAAUGUCUAAUCAAUAUUCUAGUAAGAAGAGAUAUAAUUGUAUUAAUGAAAAUGAAUCCUGUGAAAUUAAAAAAAAAACUAAAUUAAUUUCGAAAAUAAAUGAAGAUCAUUUAAAUAAGAAUAAUAUUAAUUAUUAUUUUUCUUCAAAAAUAAAAGAAUUAGAUAAGAAUUUAAAUGAUAAGUCUGAAAAAAAUGUUUCUUGUAUAGAUACUAUUAAUAAAAAUGAUUUGAGUUAUGAAAAAGAUAUAAAAAUAGAAGAUUUUAAAGAUAUCGAAAAUAUAAGCGUUGAACAUUUAGAUGACAUAGAAAACAUAAGUAAAGGAAAUUUAAAAGAUACAAAAAAUAUAAUUAAAACUCUCUCAAAAGAAGAUAAUUCAAAAGAAUGUAAUGUGAAUGAAAAAGUAAAAAUUAUAGUGACAUGGAAUAUGAAUAGCAUAACAGUUCGAUAUAAAAAUAAAGAAAAAUGGAAGGAAUUUAUGAAUUUUUUUAAUCAAAUAAAUGCUGAUGUUUUAUGUUUUCAAGAAGUAAGGUUACCAGCUUUGAAUUUAUCUGAUUGCAAAAACAAUAAUGAUGUUAUAAGAGAUAGAAGUAAAGUUAAAAAUACUGAUCAGAAAAGUCUUCUUGACUUUCAAAUCAUAGAUACCAUUUUGAAAAAUGAUUUUAAAAAUUAUAAUGCUUAUUUUAGUUUAGCAAAUAUUAAAUAUAGUGGCCAGCUAGUAUUAAUAAAAAAAACAAUUAAAUUAAAAUCAAUCCGAUAUAACUUAUCUUUUGAUUUAGAUUCAAAUAUACAUCAUGAUGAAGGAAGAAUAAUCUUAGUAGAAUUUUUAGAUUUCUUUUUGUUAUCAACAUAUACACCUAAUAAUGGAUUUGAUUAUACAAAGUUUGAAAGAAGAAGACUAUUUGACGAAAAAUUAGAAAAAUUUGUUGCUUCUUUAAAAAAUAAGAAAUCUUUGAUAUGGACAGGUGAUUUAAAUAUUGCCCCAGAAGAUAUUGAUUUGUCUCAUCCUGUGGAAUUCCGAAAAAUGAAAAAAGGUAAUGUACCAAAAGAAUAUAUUGGACAACCUGGGUGUACUGAUUUUGAAAGAAAAAAUUUUCAAAAAAUUUUGACUUCGGGAGACUUAGUAGAUUCUUAUAGAUAUUUUCAAAAUUUAAAAAGUGAAAAAGGAAAUAAUAAUAAAAAUAAAUCAAAUAUUAAUGAAAAUAUAUAUACAUGGAGAUGUCCCUUUCUCAUAGGUAAAUUAUGCAAUAAAGCAAUGAGAAUAGAUCAUUUCAUUGUAUCGAAAAAUUUUCUUAAAAACAUAGAGAAAGUAGAAAUACAUGGUUAUAGUGUAUUUCAUAAUAAUUUUUACGGUUCUGAUCACUGUCCAGUUAUAUUAUAUCUCAAAAAUGUACAUUAG